CUCAAGUACACGUGCCCUCCUCCCGAGGCGACCUCUACCGAGUCUUCGAGUAGAGAAACAUCGCCCGUUAUCCCAACCGCAAGAGCAGUCUGCUGCAGAUGGCCACAGAGGAGGUCGAUACCCUGCGACGACUGAAUGCCGAUGUUCUCCUGCAAGUCUUCGAAUAUCUACGGCCUAUGCGCGGUUUGCGUCCAUUAUCCAUGUCGUGCAGAUGGAUCCGAGGAGAAGUGACCCCUGUGCUUUUCCGGGCCUGUCUCGUCAAACCGAAAAAGCCAAUCUGCGCAGAACGCUUUCUUCCACGCUCAUUAUGGCCCCACGUACUUUCCCUGUCUCUGAUAGACAACUGUCCGGAUCUGAUCGCUAUGAGAGACCCCGAGUUUCGAAUACCACAAGAGCUGCGGUUCACAAACGACCCUUUGCUAUGCGGCAUCAUGGUCCCGGCCUUCUUGGCGACUACACUGCGAGCGAUGCCUCGUCUGCGCUCUGUUUGCCUGGCAUUUUUCUGUCGAGAGAUCCAUGGUAUGGGGUGGGACACCUUGGCAGCCAUCCUCUCGACGCCACAGCUUCGCCACUUUACUCUUGCGGUUGCCUUGUUCAGCCCACGACAGAAUCCAACGCCCAUGGACGUCAAACUUCUUGCUCCAAUCACUACUUUCAGAUACUUACAAACUGCUCUUCGCGCAGAACUUCGCGACUAUCCAUCCCAGGAGACCGCUCUGGGUCUGGUUGUUGGAGCAUUGAGAGAUACUCUCGAGUGCCUCCAGCUCCCUAGCGAGGUCACGCCUUUUGGGACUCUGGCAGGGAAUCUGUGGCCUCGGCUGACCCAACUUCAUCUUCUCGGAGAGGUCAAUCCGACUACAGACUUACACGCCCCAUUGGUCACCCUCCUGGCCGGCAUGCCCAGCUUACGUGUCCUGAGACUGGACUUUGCUCUACCCAAUGGCGUCGACAGGAAAGUCCUACAGCUGUGGCCGGAGAACUACGAGGCGCAACUUCCAUGGCCGCAGCUUGACGAUCUGACGGUGUCGUUCCCGAGCCCUGGAGAUCAGAUUUAUUCCUACCUUCCGCAAUCCUUGCAACGGUUGUCACUACGAUGCACCCCGCACCAUUUCUUCCGUCUACGGAAUCCAUAUCGUUUCCCCUUUACCCACUCUCCGAUACUACGCGCUUCGGAGAUGUUGGAGAUCCUCACGAAGAUUGCUGCACCGCGCCUUCAAUAUCUCCAGCUCGAGUACUGUGCAGAUGCUGCAGAGGAUGACCUCAUGCUCUGCGUGUCCCAAAGGUUCCUUCGACUGACCUUCUUGGAAAUUCAUCGGUACUCACCGCGCGAUGGUGGGUGUGACACUGUUUCGAGCAUUGCGCUGCACCUAGCAAAGCUCGGCAACUUGGACACUUUACGAGUUUAUCUUGAACAUGAGGAUGGUGGAGCGUUGUACGAUUCUACGCCAAUUCGGCCAAAUGCAGCCCUCUUGGCAAGCAGACUUCCCGGUCUAAAGAUGUGGUUGUUGCAGGAAGAUGGUCACAACGCAGCGUGGGUUCCAAUUGGCCCCACAACGACCCCUAACGUGGUCCAAAUGGGUGACGAGAAAGUGAUGAUGUUUCCUUUCGAGGGUUAGACACUGGCGUAGGCUCAGAUAAGAGUGUCGUAUCCCCAUAUGUAUCCCUGCAUGGGGUGUAUGCCCAUCCACAGUACCAUGUUGGCAAUACAACACCCCUCAGACUGCGUCCGCGUGUAUGCACGCUUCCACCGGUACAUGCACCUCCGGCUGCGUUCCUGCGAGUCUCGUCUCUACGUUCAUAUCAGACGUCGAAAUUGCAGAAGCAGCUCGCCGCGGACGCCUCGCACCCACA